GACAUGUCUCAAAAUCAAUUUGUGUUUGAAAGAAAAUCGGGUGGAGUGUCAAGAAAACUAAAAAACGCUGGAAAUGUAACAAAAAUUCGAGAAUUCGAGCUAGAAAAAUUUUAGAUUGUUCAUGUUAAAAUAGUGUUAUUAUAAUUUUAUAAUUAAUACUCUAUUAAGGCUGCUGAGCUUGAAGGCAAAGGCAUAUUUACUGCUUACAUUAAGUAGUUAAUCAACAUUUAAGCCAGUAUUAAAACAAAUGCCAAUCAUAAAUCAUAGUUACCGUGAGAGCGGGUUGAUAUAAAGACUACAGAUUAACAUUAUUUACGGGUUGACGGUAUAGUGAACUCCAGCCUGUGUCGGUAUUGAUUUCAUCAUCGGUUAACAACGAUACAGUGUGAUUCAUUAAGGAUAAGACUUUAUUUCUCGGAAAAUAAUUACAAUCUUAUAGUUUUUUUUUAUUAUUGUACAUAAUUAUAAAACAACCAAAUAUUUACCUUUUUUAGUAUUAUCCCGAGCGCUAAUAACUUUUGAAACUAAAUGGUAAUGUAAAAGUAUCUUCAGCGCUAACAGCAGACUACCGUUAGCCAUUAGCGCUGAAGAUGACAACAUUGCUGCCGAAAUACAUAUACGCAGAGAGUUCAUUGUUUUUAUGAUUGACUUAAUAGAGACUUUCGAUAUUGUUCAAAUAGUCGGCGAAGGAUGGUUUGGAAAAAUAUUGCUGGUUGAACAUCGUGGUACUGACAAUGAAAUGGUUUUAAAGGCACUUCCAAAGAAUUAUAUAGCUGUAAAAGACUUUUACCGAGAAUUUCAUUACAGCUAUCAUCUUAGUGCUCACCGCAAUAUCGUUUCUACUUUUGACGUUGCUUUCCAGACAGCUAGCUUUUACGUAUUUGCUCAAGAGUAUGCACCAUUAGGUGAUCUUACAUCCAACAUAUCGGACAACGGAAUUGGAGAACUACAUAGCAAAUCAGUUGCAAAACAACUUGUUUCUGCAAUUCAAUACAUUCAUAGUUGCGAUUUGGUACAUAGAGAUAUUAAGCUAGAUAACAUACUGGUUUUCAAAAGUGAUUUUUCGAGGAUAAAAUUAUGCGAUUUCGGUGAAACACGAAAAAAUGGCAGUUGGGUCACACGUCGGAAUGAAUGGAUUCCUUAUAUGCCUCCUGAAAUUUUAGCUAUUGAUACUGAACAUAAAUACAAGGUAGAAACCUCACAUGACGUGUGGCAAUUCGCUGUAGUGCUGUUUGUAUGUCUGACCGGCUGUUUACCAUGGCAAAAAGCCAGCUCCGAAGAUCCUAGAUUUGUGGGUUAUGUAUACUGGUUGACAAGCAAUGGAAUAAUGAGUCCAUUUAGAAGGCCUAAAUUAUUCAAAUUACUGACAUCAAAUGCACAAAGGAUGUUUCGCAAGUUCCUACAGCCUAAUAUAAAAACGAGACCAAGUUUUUUAGAUGAAGUGCACAAUUUCAUAGAUGAGCGAUGGCUUUCCAAAUAUAUGUUAGAUAAAAAUAAAUUUUCAGAUGAUGUAGAUGAACUGAGCCCGUCUUUAUACAGUUAUCAAACAGACCAGGAAGAAAAUAAACACUUUUUGUUAGCUUUUGCUAAUUGUGGAAUUGAGACUGUAAUUGUGGAUAGAGCAGCUAAAAAAGAACGUAUUAAGCAGUGGAUUCAGGCCAGUGUUAUUGAGGAAGAAGAAGAAGACACUAGUGAAAAUACAAGUAGACUAAGUCUAUCACACAGAAGUAGCAGUAAUAUCGAAGAAAACGAACUAUAUGCUCUGACUAAACGUGAAACUAAUUAAAUAUGUAAUUAUAAAUAAAUGGUAUUAGGUUUUUAAAAUAUUUGCCAAAAUAAAAAGACUGCAGACAUGUAUCAUGUAGGUAUCUACUGAGAAUAAAUAAAGUGAAGUAUGAACAUUAACCAUUUUUUAUC